ACAAUCUAAUCUCAGAUCACGUGACCUCCUCAUCUCUAUUCGCACUGCAAGCCUUCACAACAAACCAGAGGCUCUAUUUUCUAAUCCACUAUACCCCAAUUAUCCGAUGGCCACCCCCAAGCUAGCAGACCUCUUGGCUGAGGUCCUGCCCCAAAACAUCAAGUUGAAUGUGCGCCACAUCUCUACUCCACCAACCCCCAGCGACGCGAUCUUCUCGGCGCCGCCAGGCGAGACUCCCGAAGCCACAUUCUGCGAAAACCACUUCUUUGUAGCCAGUCUGAACCGUUUUGGGAAUGUUGACGACGAAAUCGCAGUGUUGGGUAUAGAAGUCUCGAUUUACACGACUGAUCGGCUUACUAUUGUUUUUGUCUCAAAGGCGGAUUCGACGGGAUACAUACAUCUCGUCAACAAGGACGCGCAGCCGCCAUCGCUCAGGCUGAUUGUAACUACCUUCUUGUCGUAUUUAAUCCGCACACACCAGAGACCCGGCAUCAGAUUGGUGCUCUCACUGUUUGCGCGAGCACAGAAUCAGUAUCUUUUCCCCGGCAGCGUCGACAAUGCGCAGAAGCAUGUCUUGGAUGAUCGUGGCUUAAUUAAAUGGUGGUGCCAGACCGCCGAUCCGAUUCUGCGAGAGCACACGGUAGAAUCUCAGGACGGAGGCAGCAAAAGCCUUGUUGACGAGAGCAUUGAGAGUGUGAGCAGCUCGGCUACGGGGUAUUUACUUGUGCCCGGCUGCGACAAGUACGAAACAAGGGCAUUCUUCCCGGCAACGGCGAGGUCGGAUGAUCAGAAGAAUCCAAGAUGGCGCGUGUCGUACCCCCUCAACCAGAUUUGUAUCCAUCCCCAGGCGCCUCCGAGAUGUCUGGUUCCGAGGUUUCCGGAUGACCCCAAGGCGCGCUUUCUCGUCGACCUUGAUGGUGAAUUGUCCGAGGGCGCGAUCGCUGGUCAGUGGAAAAGUGUUAAAUCUCUCGAUGAAUUCUGGGAGAUGAUGGCCUUUCGACAAGAGUGCUCUGCUGGAAGGCUUGUGGGGUUUCUCUGGGUGGUUAUUAAUCCUCCUGGUGUUCUUAGUUCAGACAAGCUGUCGAAUCAGACGCAAGAAGCUGGAACAACUGAUAAGGUACAGAAUGAUGCGUUAUUAUCUGGCACUGCUGCAGAAGCAGAGUCUGACAACAGGUCACUGAACCAUCUACAAGACGACCAACCAAAGCCUAACACUGAGGUGCGUGGCAACACAUUCUUCUGGCCUGAGGCAGGUCGAGGGGAGAUCGUGCUGUGUGAGAAGGAGUACAAAAGCGGCAACGAUGAGCUCCUCGAGCAAGAUUUCGAAACCGAGGAACUCGCAAUGGCGGGCACGAUGGCUUGGGUUCGGAAGAUUGCCUCGCUCGCUGAUGUUUUGUGGUGGGGAAAGCCCGUUACUGGCAAGAGAGAAAUUUCCAAGACUACAACCUCGUCGAAAACAGCGGCGGUUACGAUAAACUCUGGGCUUAAUGUUCGCAAGAGAAAGAAAGAUGCUGAAGGGGAUGACACAUUACACGUUGAGGCUAAGGACGAGCAAGCAGUAUCUAGCAACACAACGCAGGCUGAAACGGAGUCAGGGUCACCUGAAGUCAACGUUCUCAAUGCUAGUUUUAUAAAGAAAAAAAAGAAAACCUGACGUUGCUCUUUGCUCGUCAAUUGGCACAUCUCAUCUUUCGACUUUUUAAACUACUAGUAAUGCCGCAAUAUCAGCCGGCUAAUAAUCGAGAUGUAAUAUUAGCAUACCAAGGGCCAUGGCCAAGCUAUUGCUCUACGGAUAAAUGGGUCGAAAAUUCACCUCAAUAUUAGGCUAGAAAAUUGCUGUGGCGCUUUUCGCUAGGGUAUUGUAGACUAGCUUAUGUAGACAUGCACUCGUGCUACACGAGUAAGCUGAGAUUACAAUUCUUU